AUGUCACCAAAGAGUCUCCCUUCGAUAAUAUUUUUUGAUGUGUUGGGAACAAUCGUGGAAUGGAGAUAUUGCAUUGCGAACGAGCUCAAUGCCGCAGCACAAAGGGCUCUACAAGAUCAAGUGAAAUAUCUAAGCCCGGAUGUACGAGCACGUGCCUCCGACAUGUCCACUCCAAGUUGGCAGGAAAUUGCCGAGGAGUGGCAUCGCGCAUAUAUGAGCUUCGGAGACACGUACGAUACAUCCAAGCCCUUUGUCUCGGUAGAUGAGUACAACCGAAUCUCUUUGGAAGGCAUUCUCGACAAAUGGCUUCUCCGAGGCUUAUUCAACGAAGACGAUCUCAAAGACUUAACACUCGCUUGGCAUCGACUUGACGCGUACUCUGAUAGUGUGGCGGGCCUUUCGUUGCUAAGCACCAAGUUUGCGACUUCUACAUUAUCUAAUGGUAAUGUGAAACUGCUCAAAGACCUACAAGAGCAUAAUUCUUUGCCUUUCCAGCACAUUACCAGUGCGGAGCACUUCGGUGCUUACAAGCCGUCGCCAGACGUCUAUCAUGGUGCUGCUCGCAGAUUUGGUCUUAAGGAUUCGCAAUGUUGUCUUGUCGCAGCCCAUCUCGAGGACUUGCAAGCCGCCAAAAGAUGUGGAUUUCAAACAAUCUAUCUCGAGAGGCAUCUGGAAGAAGCUUGGAGUAGUAGAGACAUUGCUCGAGCUAGAGAAGAGGGGUUCGUCGAUCUUUGGGUGGGCGUUGGAGGCUUAGGUCUAAAUGAAGUUGCUCGACACUUUGGGAUAGAAACUGGGUCUUGA